GCGCGUUUUGCGUAGACGGGUGUUGGGAAUUUCGAAUAAACAGCUACAUCUCACUUGCUCCUACACAAUGUUUCAUGCGAAAACGAUCGGGCGUGUCUCAUUCAGGCAGUCUUACAAUGUCAUUUUGGGGUAUCAAAUUCAAAAUCAAUCAUUGAAAACUUUCCGAAUGAGCUCUUCUGCGCCUGCUGCCACCGCUACCGACAAAGAUUAUGUCGCAGCCCAGAAAAGUUACAAGAUCGUCCAAGAUGUCGGUGGCUUUGCAGAGAAUGAAGCCGAACGCCCGGAUUUCGACCAAGCGGAGCCUAUUCAAGUGACCAAGUCGCCUUUCCCCAGCUGGAAAUAUGGGGAGGGUGUGCCCGAUAAUGGGGCGAGUCUCGUUCAAAAACAUCAUGAAAUCGACCCAUACGCGCCAGAUCGGCCAAUGAUCAACAACUAUCGCCUGCUGGUCUCGGGCAUCGCGCCUCGACCGAUCGGCUUCCUAAGCACUGUCAAUCCCGAAGGACAGAAGAAUCUCUCCCCCUUUAGCUAUUUCCAAGUCAUCGAUCAUGACCCACCAAUGUUCAUUGUGGGGUUCUCAUCGCGUCCCGGACGUGUCAAGGAUACAUUUCACAACUUGAAAGAGACUGGAGAAUGUGUUAUUAACACUGUCUCUGAGAAUAUGAUUGAGGCUGUCAAUGCCAGUUCUAUUGAUGCCCCAUAUGGAGUAUCGGAGUGGGAGGUCUCGGGUCUCCACGAAGCGCCGUCAACAACAGUGAAGCCUUCGCGCGUUGAGGAGUCUGUCUUCAACAUCGAGGGCAAGGUGAUCGAUAUUAAAGAAUUCACCGAUCAUCAACAGCCUGGAAUGAGCAUUGCUGCUACUGUUCUCAUUAAGGCCACUCGUUUCUGGGUCAAGGAGGGCACCGCUAAUGCGGAUUACAGCCACAUCGACCUGGAAAAACUGCGGCCAGUUGGACAACUUGGCGGCAUUUCCUACAGCCGUGUCCUGUCAACCUUCGAACGGCCACGGGGCAAGUGGGCUGACGAAGUCCCCAAGAGUGAGUUGUUGGCCAAAUUGGAUGCAGCCAAGCCCAAUUAA